AUGCUCCCCGACGAGACCGUCCCCGACGCCCUCCUCUCCAGCAUCAAUUCGCAGUACCCGUGCCGCGUGCCACAGCUGCAGCGACUGUCAGCACUUAUCGGUGAUGAAGACGACCCGAGCCCACCGUCAAUAAUCGUGCACGGCCUCGAGGCGACGGGCAAGUCGCUGAUCGUGCGGGCGUUCCUGGAGGCCGCGGAGUGCAGGUUCGCAUGGGUGCCGUGCAACGAGUGUGUUACGGCGCGGCACCUGACGCAGCGCAUUGCGGCGGCGGUGGGGGGUGGGGAGGAGAUGGGAAGGUGUGAUGGGGUGGGCGCGCUAGCGGUUAUGUUGGCGGCAGUGUUGGGUGGCGGCGGCGGCGGCGGCGGUGGUGAUGGUGGUGGUGGUAGUGGAGGGGGGAAGUAUUUUUUGGUUCUGGAUAGGAUUGAUCAGCAGCGGGAAUUGACACCGACGUUGCUGGCGGGGUUGGGGAGGUUGGGGGAGAUUAUCCCGAACUUGACCGUUAUAUUCAUCGUCUCCGUCUCCAAAGCCCGCCUCCUCAGCUCCGCAGAGGUCCCGCAUAUCCACUUCACGCCAUACACAAAAGACGAGAGCAUCAAAGUCCUCUCCAAGUACGUCCGGCGCAUCACCAAGCUCCCCUCCCCCAACCCCCCCCCUACCACCACCGGCACCACUACCAGCAGCGGCGAAGCCUCAGCCCCAGCCGAGCCAGAAACCGAAGACGAAUCCUCAGAGGACGAAUACACGCCCGAGACCGCCGCCGAGGAGCUCUACGUGUGGGAGAAGUUCUGCGGCACCGUCUGGGACUCGCUGGCGAAGGGCGCGGCGCGCGACAUUGUGCAGUUCCGCGCUGCGGUGGAGUCCAUGUGGGACCAGUUUGUGCAGCCCAUUGCGCGCGGCCAGUAUGGGACGCGCAACUUCUCGCAGCUAUAUCUGCUACAGAAGGAGAUGUUUCGGCGCGAGGCGAGUAUUGUGGCUUCGGUGGUGCCCGUGGCGGAGACGAUGGCGACGACGAGGGCGGCGGUGGUGGCGGGGAAGAAUGUGCAUGAUCUCCCGUACUACUCCAAAUACCUCCUCUGCGCCGCAUAUCUCGCAUCCUACAACCCUUCACGGCAGGACGUGGCCUUCUUCACCAAGACCGGCGACUUCAAGAAGAAGCGCCGCGGCGGGGGUGGCGGUGGUAAAGGCCGGCCCGCAAAGACUAGAAAGAUUCACCGAAGACUACUCGGCCCACAAGCAUGGCCGCUAGAACGCAUGUUGGCCAUCUUCUAUGCCAUCCUGCCACAUCCUAUCAAUUCGUCUGUGGAUCUACAGACGCAGAUCGCAACACUAACCUCCCUCCGCCUACUCACCAAAGCAUCCGUCACAGACGCGCUCGAGGCAUCGACAAAGUGGCGUGUCAACGUCGGUUGGGACUACAUCAGAGGCGUCGCCAGGAGCGUCAAGUUUGACAUUGAGGAUUUUGUCGCCGAGUAG